AUGAAGGCGGUGCUGAGGACCAGAAGACGGCGGCCGUUCCAGCGGUUCUGCUGCUGUGGACUUGCUCUGCUCGCUGUCGUCUGGUUCGCACAGGUCAUGUACCUGUCAGAAACGAAUCCCUCAGACGAGCUGUCCAGGCGGGAGUGGUCCAGUCGGAGGAUACUUCAGGAGAAUCACACUGAAGUGCAGCACUCUGGAGCCAUCAGUGAGUUCCCUGCGGACAUCUUCACCAAGGAGGAGCGACGGAAGGGGGCGGUUUUGCUGCACGUGUUGGGUGCCAUCUACAUGUUCUACGCUCUCGCUAUUGUCUGUGAUGACUUUUUCGUCCCCUCCCUGGAGAAAAUCUCUGAGAACCUGCAACUCAGUGAGGAUGUAGCAGGGGCCACCUUCAUGGCUGCAGGAAGCUCCGCCCCAGAACUCUUCACCUCUCUCAUUGGUGUGUUCAUCACCAAGGGAGAUGUGGGCGUUGGUACAAUUGUGGGCUCUGCGGUCUUCAACAUCCUGGUCAUUAUAGGUGUCUGUGGCAUCUUUGCUGGACAGACGGUGGUGCUGACCUGGUGGUCUCUGUUCAGGGACUCGUCCUACUACCUCAUCUCCGUGCUGGCUCUUAUACUGGUUAUCUACGAUGCGCGCGUUGUCUGGUGGGAAUCGAUGCUCCUCAUCUCCAUGUAUGGGGUCUACAUUCUUAUAAUGAAGUUUAACACCCAGAUCGCCGGCUUUGUGGCACGGCAAUUCCGGGGUCCAGGGAGGUGCUGUUCGCGCAGAGGCCACCACCAGGAUGAGGCAGGGGAAGACGGGGGGCCCUGCAACACCUCCAUGGUGCUCCUGAGAAAAGCUCAAAACUCGGGGCAGGACUCUCCGGUGGUGAUGGUGGACGAGCUGCUCUCCCUGAACCCCCACCAGCUCUCCUUCUCCGACGCCAGCCUGCGCAUCAUGAUCACGCCGCACUUCUCCCCGCGCACGCGCCUCAGCAUGGCCGGACGCAUGCUCAUCAGCGAGAGGCAGCGUCUGCUGAGGGAGAGCAGGGGGGACACCCCGGUGAAGGGGCUGUGCUCUGGGGCCAUGGAGAAUGGCGGAAGCGUGGACCGCCAGGCCCUGGAGGACGGCUCCAACGGAGAGGGGGGAGGGAAAGGUGUCUGUGCCCAGCCAGAGGAGGAGGACGACGGGGGGGACGAGCCAUUCAGACCCCUGAAGGUGCCAGCGGGCUGCGGUGCCCGGGUGAAGUGGUUCGUGUCGUGGCCCCUGAGCGUGCUGCUGUACCUCACCGUGCCCAACUGUGUGUGGCCGCGCUGGCACCGCUGGUUCAUGGUGACCUUCGCCACGUCCACCCUGUGGAUCGCCAUCUUCUCCUAUCUCAUGGUGUGGAUGGUCACCAUCAUCAGUGACACGCUCGACAUCCCCGACUACAUCAUGGGCAUCACGUUCCUGGCGGCCGGCACCAGUGUCCCAGACUGCAUGGCCAGUCUGAUCGUCGCACGUCAGGGCAUGGGGGACAUGGCAGUGUCCAACUCCAUUGGCAGUAACAUCUUUGACAUCCUGCUUGGACUGGGCUUCCCGUGGGCUUUGCGCACCCUGGUGGUGGAACACGGCUCAACAGUGCCCAUUAACAACAAAGGAUUGGUGUACUCGGUCAUCCUACUGCUCGCCUCUGUCUUCCUCACGGUGCUGAGCAUCCACCUGAACCACUGGAAGCUGGACAAGCGGCUGGGCCUGGGGCUUAUUUUCCUCUACUCCAUCUUCCUGCUCUGCUCCAUCUUCUUUGGGCUGUAGUGGCCACCGACACGACUACCAGCCGCUCCCCCCCAGGCCUGCCCCUUCUCCGCCACUCAAACCAACCACUACACAGACUAGUACCAAACCAAAAAAAAAAUAUAUAUAGAAUUAUGAAAGAAAAAGCAAAUAUUUAUCUAGACGUGAAUGUGUUGAAGGUCCAAGGCGGCAGGAUGGGAGGGUGAACUUGCGCACACUGUAUUUACUUAAACGUGGUCCUGUGGUGUAUGUAGCCCACAGACCCACACUAGCACUUCAAUAAGUUCAUAUAUGGUAUGCGGCAAACAUGAGGACGCCUCUGUGCAAUAGCGCAUACGUUUCAGAUUAUUCAAAAUGGUACACAGUCUUUUCUUUUGUCCAUUCAAUACUCUGUGUGUCCACUUUUAGACAGAUUCGGUCUUCCUUUGCAUGAAGGAUUUCAGUGUUGUCUGUAGAGAUGUUCUGCCAUUCUUCAGAGACACUUUUUUCAGCUAGUCUUUGCCAGAGGGGUUUUGUGCUAAAAUCAUCACAUUCCCACCUGUGUGCUAUUAAUUUUGCUUAAGAGCAAAAAUCCUGCUGCUCACAUUAAAGGUAAGACCAUUUCUACUAUUUUCAUCAUUUGGCAUUGCAGUGAUAUUGCACAGGGGGCGUCCUCGUGUCUUCUGUGUGCUGUAUGUAGUGUUGGAAAUGUUGAUGUCGGGCUGUAGGUCUUCACAGCAUGCACAACACAUGCGUCUCAAGAAAAGAUAGUGACAGGUAGGAGUGACAGAUCAUCCGUGUUGCCUUGAUGUUUGGAGCUCACUUGUCUGUUUAUAUUGUACACUCAAAAUGGCGUGACUCUGUUGUGUUGUGAUAUUAUGUAUAUUUUUUGCACUGUGUAGCAAUAUGGAUGCUGUGGGGCCGACUCCCCCAGUGGUAAAAUGCGGGGACAGUUUUUGAGAUUUUUGAGAGGGUGUAAUAUUUUGAGAGAUGCCUUUUACUGGUGGAUUUACCACGCAGCGCAACAUAUAGAAUUCACAAUAAAUAUAAAUGUUUGCCUCAAGCUUUUGACAGAAACAAAACAGAGAAUUUAUGGAUUUGUAGAAUUUUUAGGAGAGUAUUUGUACUAGUUAGGUUACUACAUGUUUGUUCUUACAGCGCGUGUCCAAAUGUUUGAUAAAUGUUUGAUAAAUGUUUGUACAGGUUUUGUUCCAAAGGCUCUAUAUGUUUAGGUACGAUUGAUGUUUUAAAACACAGUAAGAUGACGAAACCUUACAGUAUAAAAUUAACCUUAAAGUAUAAUUAUAUAUGUAUAUGAAUGUGUACAAUACUACUUUUUGAGUGAGUUUCCCAAAACACUCACUUUUACUGUUGCUAAAUGUUUACUAAAUGUUUUAUAAGAGGGAAAUGUGAGAACUUAGAUUUGUGAUGCUUUUAAUAUUUAUAAAGUCUGAACAAUGAUAUUUAACAAUAUCAUGAAUUUAAUUUAUCCUUUCCAAUUGAGAUGUUUAUCUUUGUCGCUUUGUCCAAAUGCAUACUGUAGCAGAGAGAUCAAGCAGAUGUAGAGAUAGUUAUGAUCUAAACCAAUAAUGUUUGUAUUAGAAGGAUGCAAUAGAUCGCAAGUCUAUUUUUCAUAGUGCUAUUUCAGACGUUACUAAAAUAUAUUUGUUUAAUAAAUGGUGAGCCUGCCAGGAGUUCUUCCAAGAACAAAUAUUUUGGUGUUGUUGACUAUGUACGAUUUCUGUAUUGGGGGAUGGGUGGGGAACCUUUUUUUGCCUACAAGAUCUGGUAGACGUGUCAGCUGAUCUGUGAAAGAUAAAAGAGGGAAGUGUGAGACUGAGACAUCGGAUUGUUGUGUGCGAGGUAUUCCUGUGUUGUGUUAUGCGCCGAGGAUUACCUCCCAGUGUCAACAUGACCUCUCCUUGAGCAUCACAUUGCUCUGUAGCUCAACCGACAGAGAUAGUAAAGGUGAAGCAGUGACUACUAUUACCUAGCUCCUCUCUCCACUAUACAGUAUGUCUGUGUGAGUUACCAAGCUCUUAAAAUAUACAUUUCCUGGUUAGAUAUACUGUGCUGUUUUUAUAACAACCACCCAAAGAUUCACUGUUCCAAGUAAACUGGCUGCAAUGGACAAUAAUAAAGACAAUAAUUGACUGUCCUUUUGACACAGGCCAUUUUAACUCUUUUCAACUUUCAACCUCCUCUCCACAGCUCAGUAAUUUCUGACGGAGACAAAUGAGGUUUAUACAUGUAGCCCACUUAUGUUGGUAGGCACCAUCUUGUCUGUGUGUAACAAAGAGGUAUAUUGACAGUAGGCUCAGGUUGUAUGCAAAGGUUUUGGCAGUGUACUGUUAAACAUGUCUCUAACUGAAUAAAAACAUUUUGGGGUGCCAGACUUUCAGUAGCAGUGGACCACUAGCUUUUGAACCACUGAAGUGAUCCUACAGAACUUUGUAUGUUGUUGAGUGCAAUAAACAAACU